AUGUCAGCAAUUUCAAAGAGCUGUGAUAAGAAUCGGUCGAUUUUUCUAAACAAAAACAUGAAGGCUGUAGUAUUCGACGGUAAAAACCUUAGUCUCAAAUACGACGAAAACUAUCCGAUGCCGAAGAUUGUUAACGACGAUGAUGUUAUUGUAAAAGUAGAAUAUUCUGGAGUCUGUGGAACAGACUUGCAUAUUAUUCAGGGAGAAUUCCCAGCAUCCAAGGAACGACCUUUACCUCUGGGACACGAAUUCAGUGGUAUCAUAUAUGAAGUGGGAAAGCAAUCUAUCUUCAAAGUAGGACAGAAAGUCGUUGUCGAUCCUAAUCGCGCUUGUAAUAUGUGCGAUUUCUGCCGCGACGGUAAGUAUCAGUACUGUCUCACAGCUGGCAUAAAUAGUACUAUCGGAAUCUGGAAAGAUGGUGGUUGGGCCCAAUACGUAAGAUGCCCACAGGACCAAGUGUAUUUGCUUCCCGAGGGAAUAACAACAGAACAAGCCGGCCUCUGUGAGCCAUAUUCAUGCGUGUCACAUGGUUUUGAUCGCGCAGCACCAAUACCGAUAGGUGCUAAAAUACUCGUGGUCGGGGCUGGUAUUAUUGGCAAUCUAUGGCUUACAACUCUUCACUUGCAGGGUCACAAAGACGUGACUGUAUCAGAGAUGAACAUAACCAGGCUAGAAAUCGUUAAGAAGCUGGAAACGGGCUACAGAUUGAUAACACCAGAUGUUUUGGCCUUCGAGAAACAAUUAUAUGAUGUCAUUGUUGACUGCACGGGCGUAGGUAAAGUAAUGGAAGUCUCUUUCAACUACUUACGCCAUGGAGGUAAAUACAUUUUAUUCGGAUGCUGUCCCCCGACUCAUCAAGCAUCAAUAAACCCGUUUGUUGUCUACGACAAGGAAUUAACGAUUAUCGGAGUUAAAAUUAACCCGUUUAGCUUUCCUAAAGCUCUUGGCUUACUGAGCGCAAUGGGAUCUAGGUAUUUGAACUACGAAAACCUUGGUGUUAAAACGUAUGCGUUAUCUGAAUAUAAGAACGCGUUAGAGGCUUUGAAGGCUGGAUCUAUUUCGAAAGCUAUCUUUAAAAUUGAAUAA